AUGGUGGAGGUGGAGGGCGAGACACUAUCGGACCAUCGGUACAUAGUGUGGGCCCUCCGCCUCCCGAGACCUCCACAGAUGCGGGCCCCCCGCUGCCCCGGGGAGGGGGACUUUCCCCUCCCCAGAAGAUGGGCUCUCAGUCGACUAGACGCGGAUAGGUUCAAGGCGGCCGUCCUCGUGGCCACCUGGCACUUCGAGAAGGAGCCAGGUGAGUGGGCCCUAAGCCCCCAGGAGGGGGCUGAGGAAUUAGUGGGUAUAGUGGCGUCGGUUUGCGACGCCGCGAUGCCCCAAGCCCACUCCCGCCGUCGCCGGGUGGCAUACUGGUGGACGGAGGAGAUCGCGGAACUCUGUGACUCCUCCGUCUAUGCUAGGCGGUGUUUAUGCCGGACCCGGCGAAGAGGCGGGGAUGUCACGAGGGCGAAUGAGAGCAAGGAGGACUACCUGUAUGCCAGGAAGGCCCUCCGAGUCGCCAUCGCCGAGGUUAAGCGAACAGCCUGGAAGCAGAUGAAGAGCUCCCUGGACGACGACCCGUGGGGGCGCCCAUACAAAAGGGUGAUGGGUAAGACCCGCCCUUGGGCACCCCCGCCGACGGAGUCGUUGGACAGCCAGGCCCUCGAGGGGCUCCUUGACAUCUGUGACGUGGCGAUUUCGAGGUCGCCCGUCACAAGAGGCGGAGGGCCUCCGAGGGGGUCCCCGGGCUGUCGCGCUCGGCCGCAAUCACGAGGCGAGCUGCGUAAUUUCGAGGAAUAA